AUGAAUCUAUCUGAUUCAGAAGGGAAGAACUUGUAUCAGUAUCUCAAUUUCAAUUCAAACAUGGGUUUGAUUCACACUCCAUGUUAUGAGAAAUAUUUACCAUCCGAAAAGAGGAAAAAACGGAGUCUUUGUCUAAAGAAAUGCGUUGAGAAAGGGCAGAUGUAUAGAACUUUUCAACGAGAUAGUGCUUAUUCAACUCUCUCAAAAUGGAAUCUAUUCCAAACAUAUAUGCCAUGGUUCCUUACUUCGACAGGGUACAGAUAUCUAAAGUUUUUCUUUUUAGAUACUUUUUCAGACCUAUUGCCGAUACUAAGUAGCAGUCAAAAAUUUGUAUCCAUUUUUCAUGAUAUUAUGCAUGGAUCAAAUAUAUCAUGGCGAAUUCUUCAGAAAAAAUUCUGUCUUCCACAAAGGAAUCUGAUAAGUGAGAUUUCGAGUAAGUGUUUGCAUAAUCUUCUUCUGUCCGAAGAAAUGAUUCAUCGAAAUAAUGAGUCACCAUUGAUAUCGACACAUCUGACAAAUGUUCGGGAGUUCCUCUAUGCAAUCCUUUUCCUUCUUCUUGUUGCUGCAUAUCUCGCUUGUACACGUCUUCUCUUUGUUUUCGGGGCCUCUAGUGAGUUACAGACAGAGUUCGAAAAGGUCAAAUCUUUGAUGAUUCCAUCAUCUAUGAUUGAGUUGCGAAAACUUCUGGAUAGGUAUCCUACAUCUGAACCGAAUUCUUUCUGGUUAAAGAAUCUCUUUCUAGUUGCUCUGAAACAAUUAGGAGAUUCUCUAGGUGGCAACAUGCUAUUGGGUGGUGGUCCCGCUUAUAGGGUCAAAUCAAUACGCUCUAAGAAGAAAUAUUUGAAUAUAAAUCUCAUCGAUAUCAUCGAUCUCAUAAGUAUCAUACCAAAUCCCAUCAAUCGAAUCACUUUUUCGAGAAAUACGAGACAUCUAAGUCAUACAAGUAAAGAGAUCUAUUCAUUGAUAAGAAAAAGAAAAAACGUGAACGGGGACUGGAUUGAUGAUAAAAUAGAAUCCUGGGUUGCAAACAGCGAUUCGAUUGAUGAUGAAAAAAGAGAAUUCUUGGUUCAGUUCUCCACCUUAACGACAGAAAAAAGGAUUGAUCAAAUUUUAUUGAGUCUGACUCAUAGUGAUCAUUUCUCAAAGAAUGACUCUGGUUAUCAAAUGAUUGAACAACCGGGAGCAAUUUACUUACGAUACUUAGUUGACAUUCAUAAAAAGUAUCUAAUGAAUUAUGAGUUCAAUACAUCCUCUUUAGCAGAAAGACGGAUAUUCCUUGCUCAUUAUCAGACAAUCACUUAUUCACAAACUUCGUGUGGGGCUAAUAGUUUGCAUUUCCCAUCUCAUGGAAAACCCUUUUCGCUCCGCUUAGCCUUAUCCCUCUCUAGGGGUACUUUAGUAAUAGGUUCUAUAGGAACUGGACGAUCUUAUUUGGUCAAAUACCUAGCGAAAAACUCCUAUCUUCCUUUCAUUACGGUAUUUCUGAACAAGUCCCUGGAUAACAAGUCUCAAGGUUUUGAUAAUAUUGAUGUUGAUGCUAGUGACGAUAGUGAUGCUAGUGACGAUAUUGAUGCUAGUGACGAUAUCCUUGAUAUGGAGCUGGAACUGCUAACUAGAAUGAAUGCGCUAACUAUGGCUAUGAUGCCUGAAGAUGAAGACCUACUUUAUAUCACCCUUCAAUUCGAAUUAGCAAAAGCAAUGUCUCCUUGCAUAAUAUGGAUUCCAAACAUUCAUGAUCUGGAUGUGAAUGAGUCGAAUUACUUGUCCCCAGGUCUAUUAGUGAACCUUCUCUCCAGGGAUUAUGAAACUAGAAAUAUUCUUGUUAUUGCUUCGACUCAUAUUCCCCAAAAAGUGGAUCCCGCUCUAAUAGCUCCGAAUAAAUUAAAUACGUGCAUUAAGAUACGAAGGCUUCUUAUUCCACAACAACGAAAGCACUUUUUCACUCUUUCAUAUACUAGGGGAUUUCACUUGGAAAAGAAAAUGUUCCAUACUAAUGGAUUCGGGUCCAUAACCAUGGGUUCCAAUGCACGAGAUCUUGUAGCACUUACCAAUGAGGCCCUAUCGAUUAGUAUUACACAGAAUAAAUCAAUUAUAGAUACUAAUACAAUUAGAUCCGCUCUUCAUAGACAAAUUUGGGAUUUGCGAUCCCAGGUAAGAUCGGUCCAGGAUCAUGGGAUCCUUUUCUAUAAGAUAGGAAGGGCUGUAGCACAAAAUGUACUUUUAAGUAAUUGCCCCAUAGAUCCUAUAUCUAUCUAUAUGAAAAAGAAAUCAUGUAACGAAGUGGAUUAUUAUUUGUAA